AAAGCGAUACCAUUCUAGCCUUAAUUUUUUUGACAAUUAAUUGUUAUGAGAAAUAUUGCGAUUGUACCUAUAUGAUCGGUGCAUGUUACGGUGUAGUUGAAAUUAUUGAAUCGGUUCAAAUUUCACAAUGGAUCUGGCGAAUGCCGUGGAAGCUACCCCUGGUGUUUCGAGAGCACCUAGGCUUAUGAUGGAAGGGGUUGGCUCCAGAGUUAUUAGAGGUCCUGAUUGGAAAUGGGGAAAACAGGAUGGAGGUGAAGGUCAUGUUGGAACAGUGAGAAACUUUGAGUCAUCAGAUGAAGUUGUAGUUGUCUGGGACAAUGGAACUGCUGCUAAUUACCGUUGUUCAGGCCAAUAUGAUCUGAGAGUACAUGAUAGCGCUCCAACAGGUAUCAAACAUGAGGGCACAAUGUGUGACACUUGUAGGCAACAACCAAUUUUUGGCAUAAGAUGGAAAUGUGCAGAAUGUGGCAACUAUGAUCUUUGCUCUAUUUGUUAUCAUGGUGAUAAACAUCAGCUACGACAUCGUUUCUAUCGUAUAACUUCACCAGGGACUGAACGUGUAUAUCUUGAGGCUCGCCGUAAAAGCAAGAAAAUUACUCUUCGAGGAAUAUUCCCUGGAGCUCGCGUUGUUCGUGGCGUGGAUUGGCAAUGGGAAGAUCAGGAUGGCGGAAAUGGUAGACGUGGUAAGGUUCAAGAGAUCCAAGAUUGGAGUGCUGCAAGUCCUCGUUCUGGAGCUUAUGUCGUUUGGGAUAAUGGCUCUAAAAAUUUGUAUAGAGUUGGAUUUGAAGGAAUGGCUGACUUGAAAGUAGUAAAUGAUGCUAAAGGUUAUAAUGUGUAUAGAGAUCACUUGCCUUGCCUAGGAGAACAAACUGUUGGUAGAACAGGACCGCCAAGUUUGAAGAUCGGAGAUCAAGUCAGUGUGGAGCUUGAACUAGAAAUUGUGCAAUCUCUUCAGCAUGGACAUGGUGGCUGGACUGAUGGAAUGUUUGAAUGCUUGAGUAAUGUUGGUUCAGUUGUUGGUAUAGAUGAAGAUCAUGAUAUUGUUGUUGCUUAUGCCAGUGGAAAUAAAUGGACCUUGAAUCCUGCUGUUUUGACUAAAGUUGCCAGUCCAACCAACACUGCUGGUUUGAAUGAAACCCCCCAACAACAAUUUGCAGUUGGAGACGUAGUGCAAAUCUGUUCAGAUAUGGAAAGAGUCAAAAUGCUCCAAAGAGGUCAUGGAGAUUGGGCAGAUGGAAUGUCAGUGACUCUUGGAAAAAUAGGCCAUGUUCUUCAGAUAUACAAUGACAAUGACUUGAAAAUUGAUGUUUGCAACACAACUUGGACUUACAACCCUCUAGCAGUGACCAAAGUGGCUAGUAAAGAUGGUACCAUGCACGGAACAACUAGUGGCGAACGCUUGAGUGCUCUGCUCAAAAAGUUAUUUGAAACUCAUAUCUCUGGAGAUAUCAAUGAAGAAUUGGUAAAAUCUGCUGCUAAUGGAGAUGCUCAAAAAUGUGAAGAAGUUCUUAAAAAAAGUAGUAUUGCUGGUGCUGGUAUAGGACCUGAUGUGAAUGGCGUUUUCUCGGGGCAUACUGCUUUACAGGCUGCUUCGCAAAAUGGUCACUUGGAGGUGAUUACUGUUCUGCUCCAAUUCUACGCUGAUGUUGAGAUUGAGGACAAAGAUGGCGAUCGUGCCGUUCAUCAUGCUGCUUUCGGUGAUGAACCUGCAGUUGUUCAACUUUUAGCUCAUGCGGGGGCUGAUCUGAAUGCUAGAAAUAAACGUCGACAAACUGCCUUGCAUAUAGGCGUGAAUAAAGGACAUAUCGGAGUGGUCAAGAUGCUGCUGGACCUGGGUUGUCAUCCAAGUUUGCAGGAUCUGGAAGGCGACACCCCCCUGCACGACGCGAUCAGCAAGAAGAGGGACGAUAUGCUGACUCUGCUGCUGGAUCAUAACGCUGACAUAACACUGACGAACAACAACGGCUUCAACGCACUACACCAUGCCGCUCUCCGGGGAAAUCCAAGUGCUAUGAAGAUUCUCCUACAGAAACUACCCAGACCUUGGAUAGUGGACGAGAAAAAAGAUGACGGUUAUACUGCCCUUCAUUUAGCUGCACUCAAUAACCAUGUGGAAGUAGCGGAACAACUCGUCCUGAACGGAAAGGCGAACAUGGAUCUCCAGAAUGUCAAUUUGCAGACUGCUCUUCAUCUUGCUGUUGAGCGGCAACAUACUCAAAUUGUCAGGCUUCUCGUGCGCGAAGGUGCCAAUUUGAACAUUGCCGACAAGGACGGCGACACCCCACUGCACGAAGCUCUUCGCCAUCAUACGCUAUCUCAACUACGUCAGCUCCAAGAUGUGCAAGACGUUGGAAAACUGCUAAUGGGCCUAGGAACUCAAGGCUCAGACAAAAAGUCAUCGGCGAGCAUAGCAUGUUUCUUAGCUGGUAACGGAGCAGAUCUAACGAUCAAGAAUAAGAAAGGGCAAACGCCUCUAGACCUUUGCCCUGAUCCGAAUCUCUGCAAGACCCUGACAAAAUGUCACAAGGAGAAGCAGAGUGGGGAGAUGGAAAUGGGUCCUAAUCAAAAUAGCAAUCACCAGAGUAAUACAACCAGCGUCACUUCAACCCUAGACGAAUGUCUAGUUUGUUCAGAUGCCAAACGAGAUAUUUUAUUCCAGCCAUGUGGACAUGUCUCUUGUUGUACAAGCUGUGCUCCGAGAGUCAAGAAAUGUCUUAUUUGUAGAGAUUCCGUUGUGAAUAGAAUCAAGAUAGAAGAAUGUCUCGUCUGUUCAGACAAGAAGGCGAAUGUCCUUUUCAAACCUUGUGGGCACAUGAGCGUCUGCGACAGCUGCUCGCAAAUUAUGAAAAAAUGCGUUUUGUGCCGUUCUCAAAUUGAACUUAUGGUGCCGAUGACGGUAUGUAGCGGAGGAUUGGGCACAAUUUCUGAAGUUAAGGCCGAUGUCGAGGAAGAUAUCAAACCAUCAACAAGUGAGGGAAAUCCAGCCAGAGGACCACUGAUGAACAACGGCGGAAGGGACAUGUUAAACACUAAUGACAUACAAAAAUUGCAGCAACAACUUCAAGAUAUCAAGGAACAGACGAUGUGUCCCGUUUGUCUUGACCGCUUGAAGAAUAUGAUCUUUCUGUGCGGGCAUGGCCUAUGUCAAAUGUGUGGCGAUCAGAUGACGGAAUGUCCCAUUUGCCGCAAAGCGGUCGAGAAGAGAAUCCUGCUUUACUAAGUAUAAUUUUUUUUAUCUUUGAUUCUCAUCAUUAAUUUUCGAUUAACAUUGUUUCAAAAUUGGAUUGAUUUUUUUCAUUGCUUCUUGAAUUAACUCCUUGCCUCUUGCCCUAUAAAAGAAUCCACUUCCAAUGCGACAUAAUUUAAUUUCAUAAUGUUUUAUAUAUUCUAAGCGAAUAAGUUUUUUAAUUUACCGUAAAAGUAAAUUCGUCCGCAAAUUACUUCUUUUAAUAUUUCAAUUCUUAGUUCACAUUGGCUGUUGAAUUUCCAAUCAAUUCUCACUCACUUCCAUAUAUGUCAUUAUUUUUACUUUUCAUUUUUUUUUGGUAUUAUAGCCGUACCUUCUUUUCUUGUGUGAAAUUAAACUCAUUUAUAUAAAAUAUGUACGAUUUCAUUGUUCAUAGGAAAUAGUUCGUAUUUCAUGUAGGUAUUAUUUGUUAUAUUCAAACAUUACAUUUAUCUUUCAUUUCCAUUAUAAGCUAUUAUGUACGAAGUAAUAAUUAAAUUUAUUAUUCCUUUAGCUCAAUUAUUAUGGUCUGAACAUUGUUAUUGUAGUGAAUAAUGUAAUAAUAUUUUUGUCAUUGUUAAAAGUGUUAACUACUGAAUUCAUAAAAAAAUGUUCCCACUCGACUUGUGAAACUUCAUCGUAUUUUUCAAUUAUUACUUUUACUAU